AUGGAGAAACUGAAACACUUGGGCACUCUUCCUGGGAAUAUAAAAUGCUACCGGCGCUGUGGAAAACAUAUAGUAGCUCCUCGAAAAAUUAAACAGAACUACCAGAUGAUCCAGCUGUUGGAGGAGGUCAUGGAGAGGACGUUGACCACCGAUCGACCCUGGCGUCGGAAGCUCCUCACCCCUCCCCUGUCCUUGGAAUGUGCAUUCCGCUUGCCUUCCCUGAACCGCGGUGCCCUGGAGGAGCGGACGGGCCAUCCCGUCGGAGAUGUGUGUAACACACCGACUUACUGUGACCUAGGAAAGUCUGCCAAGGGUGUCUUCAGCAAAGGAUAUGGGUUUAGCAUGGUCAAAAUAGAUCUGAGAACCAAGUUAUGUAGUGGAGUGGAAUUUUCUACUUCUGGUCAUGCUUACACUGUUACAGGGAAAGCAUCAGGCAACCUAGAAACCAAAUACAAGAUUUUUAACUAUGGACUGACCUUCACCCAAAAGUAGAACACAGACAAUACUCUUGGGAUAGAAAUCUCUUUGGAGAAUAAGUCGAAACUCAACUCAAGUUCAUUCAACUCAACGCAUAAAUUCAACUCAAGGUUGAAACUGACUCUUGAUACCAUAUUUGUCCCGAACACAGGAAAGAAGAGUAGGAAAUUGAAGGCCUCCUAUAAAUGGGAUUGUUUCAGUCUUGGCAAUAAUGUUGAUACAGAUUUUUCUGGACAAACCAUCUAUGGCUGGGCUGUGCUGGCCUUUGAAGGUUGGCUUGCUGGCUAUCAGAUGAGUUUAGACACAGCCAAAUCCAAACUGUCACAGAAUAAUUUCAUGCUGGGUUACAAGGCCACAGACUACCAGCUGCACACUCACAUGAACGAUGGCAUUGAAUUUGGAGGGUGGAUCUCCCAGAAGAUGAACAAGAAGAUUGAAACAUCAAUAAACCUUGCGUGGACGGCAGGCAGGAACAACACACGUUUCGGCAUCGCUGCUAAGUACAAGCUGGAUUGUAGAACUUCUCUAUCUGCUAGAGUAAAUAAUGCCAGCCUCAUUGGACUGGGUUAUACUCAGACCCUUCGACCAGGAGUGAAACUGACCCUGUCAGCUCUCAUCCAUGGAAAGAACUUCAGCGCAGGAGGACACAAGGUCGGGCUGGGAUUUGAACUAGAAGCUUAAUGUGGUUUUGAAUAAAGCAUCAGCUUUGUCCCUGGAGGUGAAGAGAAAUGAACCCACUAUGUUUUGGCCUUAAAAUUCUUCUGUGAAAUUUCAAAAGUGUGAACUUUUUAUU